CAGAACUUUGAGUACCCUCGAAAGGUUUACGUCUAAACAAAUUUGUCGGAAGUUUGCAGUGUCGAGGAGUUCUUGUAUUGGAAAAGCGAGCUAGGUUUAAACAACAUUUUCUUGAUUGGUAACAGCUAUGGAGGCGUUAAUGUCAUGAGAAAGAUUUAUAAUUACAUGAAAUAUUAUUGAAUUGUCACAAACAGGGAGAUUUGGGAAAUACAUCGAAAUAUUACGACAGAGAUCGAACUGAUCGUGUCCUUGUUGGAGAUCUUAUUAAAAUAAUAAUGGAAGUUCAGCUGCUCUAUCUUCUCCUAAUCACAAUAACAACAACAAUAACAAAUUUUGCUGGCGGGGAACUUUUGCUUCAAAUGCCAUUGACUAUCAAUCCUGUGAUUCAAGAAGUCAUAACGAAACGUGGAACUAUUGUAAAACUUUUCUCCGGCCUCCACCCGGAGUUCUUUUCCAGGCUAAGUCCUGUUGAUAUGGUUACUAGCUUAGAACGGAGUUUGUCUCACGUUAUGCGAAACACUGUGAGCGGUGCGGUUGUGCUAGGGGUUGCCGCAAGAUCAGACGGACUUACGACAGAGCAAUUACUUUACAAUCCCCACAAUAAAUGGACGGUCAAUGUCUCUAUCACCGAAAUUCGGGCAGUUUUAAAAACAGAUGAACAACAUCUGUACCCAUUGUCUGACAAUGUCACUGUAAGAAAACUACAGGAAUUAGGGUUUCGUGUUUUACAACACAAAUACAAUAUAUCUCUUGAAAAUCAAGCUGAAAUGCUACAUUCCUCUAACGCAAGCACUUUUCAAGCCAUUGAACAGGACUGGAUUAAUGUCGUUAAAUAUAUAACAGUAACUAAGACCAAUAGCCUGGCAAAAAAUUAUGGAGUAAGUGUAGAAACUCUUGCUGAGGCAUUGAAUUUAACGUCGAGUGAACUACAUAGUGUGACUUUGGGGGAAUUGGACAAAAUACUUUUGAAAGAUUUCCGUUUCUUGCUUUCAACAACGCCGGCUACAACGACAAACAGCCCAACGACAAACAGCGCAACGACCAACAGCCCAACGACCAACAGCCCAACGACCAACAACCCAACCACAUCCAAUCCCACCAUUCCAACCAAGUCCCCUACCCCUCGAGAUAUCAGUCUGCCAACAUCUCUACACAUCGGAAGCGAAACUACAGAGAAGUCAACGCAGCCAAGUCCUAAAAUAGUUACCUCAGCGCCGGGUAAACCAACGGAAGGAAAGCGCGAAGGCACAACGAAGAUUAAUUUGGCUCUAUUUGUAGGAGUUGCUGCCGGUUUGUUAUUAUUACUUGUGGCUAGCUCGUCUGUUUGGUGCUUACGACGCAAGCGAAGGAAUUGUUCACAAAAUGAAAAGAAUAAUAGCAAAGAUGGUGUGAAAAUGAACAAUAUUUGGCUGGAUAAAACAGAAAAUCCAGUCCCUCCAAGCCCUGAAGAACGACACCAAGCAGAACAGUUGAGAUUUGUACGAAGUGCUAGUACCUCCACGCUUGGAAUGGAUUCGAGAUUUAAGGGACUCAGAUACAGUACGCCUAGACCUUCAUCUUCGACGUUCACUUCAACAUCUCAAGUUCCGAUUUCAAGGAACAGUUUUCUUUAUGAUCAUCGAAAGGAAAUCUUUGUAUAAAAUCAUAAUUUAGAAUUGAUAGUUAAAUUAAAUAAUAUACUGAAGGCCAGUUUAAACGGCGUAGUUUUCAUGUGCAGAACUAAAUUAUUCGACCUUAUCACUACUAAUUUCCCUUUCCACAUGCCGUGCAGAUGGCGAAACUGGUGAUUUUUGACUGCCAUGUUAAAUGCAGUAAAAACAUGAGGUCGAACCAAUUGAUCAAUUGUUUUGCCACAUGAAAAGUGCAUUGUUUAAAACCUGCCCUACAAAUGACCAUUUCAAGCUGUCUAUACGUUUCAGUACCCUGCGAGCAAAGCCCUCUCGUAUUUCUUCUUGGUACGACACGGAACGUUUCAGUACACAAAUAAUAAUGAACUGUGCAAUACUUAUAAAAUAAGUUUGUUAGCGAGAUAAGACUAAAAACAGCCUUGCAUGAAAGUAUUCACGGUAUUGACCAGAGUAUACUACAUAACCAGAGUCUCGAGUUGAGAAUUCAAUAUAUUUUGGUAAAAUAUCAUGGAUUUUCAUCCAAUUAUAUAAAUUAUUCUUCAUUCAAAUAUUUCCCACAUUCAUAACGAAAUAAUUAGUAAUAAUUUCCGUUGCAACAUUUCAAACACGAUUGCCAGGUAUGGCAAUGUGAAUACGUCGACAAAGGCGACAAUGACAUACAUAAAUUCAACUAAUUUUGAAAUAUUUACUAUUAAUUCAUAAUAGAGACUGAUUAUACUUAAAAUGUUGCCACAUUGAUAAUAGUAUAGUAAAUAUAGAACAUUGUAACUAGUGUAUCAUGUAUCGCUAUUUCCACGUAACUUAUAUAAAUGAUAGACCAUAACAUUCCUAGGGUAAUAGAGAGUAAUUUCUAGGUUAGACGUGACUGCUGACAAAAGUCUGGCACCCAGACAAACCUGACUUAUUUAUACCAUGUAUAACUUAAUGGUAUGAACAGUUUUCAAAUGUAAAUAAAACUUUACUC